AUGAACCACUGUGGAACCCAGGCCCCUGUCUGGCUGGCGCUCAGCGACACCGAAGCGCUGCCUCCUCCUGGGCAGACCGAGCACCUGACAGCUUGCGCCACGUGGCAGUCUCUGUUUAGCCCGAGGAAGGACUGUUGUCUCUUUCAAAUCCCAGUGUCUGUAAGAAACUGUGGGGAUUUUUUUGUGUACUUUCUACAACCCACUCAGGGAUGUAUGGGCUACUGUGCUGAAGUUAUUUCUGAUACAAAAUUACACAAAUGUGGCCCUGGGGAAACAGAAAUUGGAAGUGACUGUAUUGGUCAACCGCUGGCCACUCUGCCCCCUCCCCCUCCCGGAAGGCCAGAGGUUUCGGUGGACGUGAUUGAGGCCAGACUGUUCUGCAGGUGUGCUUUUGAUGUUUCCCCGACCAACGGCUCGGUGGGAUUUCUUGUAGCUUGGUUUAGGCUUUCUGCUCAAGAAAUCAAAGAAGAGCUGAAACAAGAGACCACACUUCAAGCAUUCUCUCUUUUAGAACUUGAUGGCAUAAAUCUCAGACUUGGAGACAGGAUACUCUGCAGUGCUUCUGUCUUUUUCUUGGAGAGACCGCAUGUACAAAGUCUAGCCAGAGAAAGCAGAGAAUUUUUUGCAGGCAUUAAGUUACAUCCCGAGCUGGACACUAUAGCAGAAGACGGGAAGGAGUACCAGCUGAGGAUAGAGAGCACAGUUCCUAUUGUUUGCUCUGAGUUUAGGGAAUUUGACCAAGAGUGCAAAAUCUCAUUAAAACUGAAAACUGUCGAUCAAGGUAAAGAACACGUAGGCUUAAACUUGGCGCUCUCCUCUUGCCACGUGGACCUCCUCCAGAUGUCGUCCUGUGACAAUGGAACUUGUAGCUAUGCUUUUGUGACCUACACUGCUGUGUCAGAUCUUUUUCCUGACGGCGACAGAGUUACGAACAUCACAGUUGAACCCAUAGUUAACAAGAAUUUCCUGUGGAACAACUACAUCCCAGACAGCGUCCAGAUCAGAGUUAAAGAUGUCCCAGCUGCUUACUGUUAUUCAUUUACUGACCCACAUAUAAUAACCUUGGAUGGCAGGAUAUAUGAUAAUUUCAAGACUGGGACGUUUGUGCUUUAUAAGAGCACAUCACGGGACUUUGAGAUCCAUGCACGCCAGUGGAACUGCGGAAGCCUUUACUAUCCUGUGUCGUGCAACUGUGGGUUUGUUGCCAGAGAAGAAGGUGUUCUCGUCACUUUUGAUAUGUGCCAUGGUCAGCCACAUGCGUCUCAACCAUAUUUAUCUGUGAAGAGCCAAGACGCAGCCAGCAAUAUCAAGAUAAGUGAAGCUUACUUGGGAAGAAAAGUGACAAUUUGGUUUUCGUCUGGAGCAUUUAUCCGCUCUGACCUUAGCGAGUGGGGCCUGAGCUUAACAAUCAGAGCCCCUAGUUCAGAUUACCAGAACACUCUGGGCCUUUGUGGUACUUUCGAUGAAAACCCAGAAAACGAUUUCCAUGACAGAAAUGGGAUCAAAAUUGAUCAAGAUUUUAAUAAUUUUAUUGCUUUUAUUAAUGAAUGGAGACUCUUACCAGGAGAAAGCAUGUUUGACACAUCACCAGUUUCCCCAACGCGGCCUGCCAGGCCACCGUACUGUAGCUGCUCACAGCUGGGUGGCGCUUCUCAGUCAGAAUUUGCUUCAAGUUGCAAAGACCUGAAGCACAUCAAGUUCUCUUCUUUGAUACCAGAACUAGAUGUCACUUCUGAAUAUAUUAAUUCUGAAGCUCUUCUCGGAGGGGUAAGAAAACAGACAUCUGAAGGAGAGAAUAAUUUGAAUUUCUUAUUGCACAAAAAAGUCUAUAUGAACCUAACAGAACUGGAUUUAAAUUUACAGCAUCCUGGCAAGGAAAAGCAAGAUGCAUCAGAAUCUUUGAACAGUGAGAAGCAAGUGCAGGAUGAGGCUGGUCAUUGGCAAGACAGAAGGGGACAUGGGCGGAAGAGACGGAAGUGGCAAACCUUUAAUGAAUUUCCUUCUUUUUCUGCUUUCCAAAGUCCCAGCCAAACUGACCUUGAAGUGUUGACUUAUUUUUUCCCUGAAGACCAUAUGGAGGAUGUCCACCGAGAAUUCAUCCCCUCCUGGCCCACACCUUCUGGUCUUACUGAGUACAGCACCGUGGCUCUCUGUGAGGAGACUCUCCGCAACUCUAGCAUCGGCAAGCACUGUCGUGCCUUUCUUGGCAAGAGGCUGAAUGAUGUUAUCGAUAUGUGUGUCAAAGAUGUGCUGCUCAAAGAUGAUGUUAGCUGGGCAGAAGCAGGCUUGGCCCUGUUAGAAAAUGAAUGUGAAAGGAGGGUUUUGGAAGACGGGAGAUAUAACAGAGAAAACUAUGGCAAGUCCGUUGAAGACAUUCUCCUGGUACUGAAAUGCCCCAGUUUAUGCAGCGGCCAUGGAGAGUGCUUGGCGUGGGGGUGUGUGUGCUUCCCGGGCUUCCGCUCCUACGACUGCAGUGAUCUGUAUGAUAAGGAAGACAAACCUGAAAUUACUGAGCUUGAGAAUGCGGGAUUCUGUGAUGUUCAAAAAGAUGAUUGUGUGAUGGUGAGAGUUUUUGGUGAAGGCUUCAGAGAAUCACCUUCCAUUACAUGUGAAGCUACUAAACUGGAGUACAACGGCAGCAAGUGGGUGCUUGGAGAGCCUGUCUAUGCACCAGGAGCUUUUCAGAAUAACAGAACUGUUGAUUGUCAGCUUCCUGCUAGCAUCCAGCAGUCAGAUACUCUGGGUCUGAUGGGGGAGAAGCCAAUUGCAAAGUGGCAAAUAAAGAUAUCCAAUGAUGGUUACAUAUUCAGUAAUCCCCAAAUAAUGAUCAUAUAUGAUGGUGCGUGCCAAGUUUGUGGUCUCCAUGAAAAUGAUCCUUGUACUGUAAAAGAAAAUGGUUGCAUUAUCAAUGGACUCUGCUACACUGAAGGGGCUAGAAACCUUUCCAGCCCUUGUUUGAUCUGUAGACCCCAAGUCUCCAAAUUUACUUGGUCAUAUUUAGAAAAUAACCAACCUCCUGUGAUUCGAACAUCACAAGACAAAUUACAGACAUUUCAUGGAGAAAACUUUGAGUACCAGUUCAUGGCCUUGGACCCAGAGGGUUCUGAGGUUCACUUUACUUUGGAAUCGGGUCCCGAAGGCGCACGCAUCUCCCCUGCAGGACGACUGACGUGGAAAGCGGAGUCGCGGGCUCCACAGCAGUUCACGCUCCACGUCAGCGAUGACUGCGGCACUGAAAGGAGAGUCACAGUUGAGGUGACUGUGAGGUCUUGUGACUGUCUGAAUGGAGGGUCAUGUGUGCCUGACAGGAGAUUCCCUGCGGGGAGUGGAGCUUAUCUGUGUAUGUGCUUGCCUCGAUUCCAUGGUGGUCUUUGUGAAAUAGUUUUUAGCCCGUGUCAACCCAACCCGUGUGGUCUUGGCACAUGUAUUGAGGGGUUGAGCAGUUAUUCCUGUGACUGUCCACCUGAGCUCAAAGUAGAAACACAAAUUUUAAAUGAAUUUGCUACACAAACUGUGGUUAUCACCGGAUCUGACAAAGAUGUAAUUAAGGAAGAAAGCACCAAACAUGGCCAGAACGACGUUAAGCCACCAAACAGAAAUACGUCUACAAUUUGUAGACGUCCAUGUGGAAAAAAUCAGAAGUGCGCUGCACCAGACACAUGCAAAUGUAAGCCUGGUUAUGCCGGUUCUAACUGCCAGACUGCUACAUGUCAGCCUGCUUGCAGAAACCGUGGAAGGUGUGUUAAACCUAACAUCUGUGAGUGUCCUGUGGGACAUGGAGGAGCAGCCUGUGAAGAAGAGCUUUGCAGCCCGUCUUGCCAGCACGGAGGCGUGUGCAUGCCUGGCAACCUCUGCACUUGUGCUUAUGGCUUCGUCGGACCAAGAUGUGAGACAAUGGUUUGUAACAGACACUGUGAAAAUGGAGGUGAAUGUGUUGCACCAGAUGUUUGCCAGUGCAAACCUGGCUGGUAUGGACCCACCUGUAGUACAGCUUUGUGUGAUCCAGUUUGCCUCAAUGGUGGUUCCUGUUACAAGCCAAACACUUGCUUCUGUCCAAACGGGUUCUUUGGUGCACAAUGUCAGAAUGCCAUCUGUCACCCUCCCUGCAAGAAUGGCGGCCGCUGCAUGAGGAACAAUGUGUGCGUCUGCCGUGAAGGAUUCGCUGGUAGAAGGUGCCAGGAAAGUGUCUGUGGGCCUAUGUGCAUGAACGGAGGAAAAUGUGUGGGAACGAACCUGUGCUCCUGUCCUUCCGGCUGGAGUGGGAAAUGGUGCAGCGAACGUCCUCCCUCCUGGGAAGGCGCUCAGUGUCAAAUACCGAUUUGCAAUCAGCAGUGUCUUCAUGGCGGAAGAUGUGCAUUUCCCAAUGUGUGUUUUUGCCGCCCUGGAUAUUCUGGAGUCAAAUGUGAAAAGACAAUACAGAUAAUACAUCCCUGAGUGACACCAAGUAUGUGGAUUACAGACCUAGAUCAUAAAACCUGAAACAUUUUAAUUCACA